AUGCUCCGGAGCUCCCGCGACGUCGGGGCUGCGGCGGGGCCAGCCCGCCGGCGCCCGCCCGGGAUCACCUGCUGCGUCCUGCUGCUGCUCAAUUGCUCGGGGGUCCCCGUGUCUCUGGCCUCCUCCUUCUUGACAGGGUCGGUUGCAAAAUGCGAGAAAGAAGGAGAGAUACUGCAAAUCCCCUUCAUCACGGACAACCCCUGCAUAAUGUGUGUGUGCCUGAAUAAAGAAGUGACCUGUAAGAGAGAAAAGUGCCCAGUGCUGGCCCGAGACUGUGCCCUGGCCGUGAAGCAGAGGGGUGCCUGCUGUGAGCACUGCAAAGGUUGCACCUACAGAGGAAAUGUCUAUAACAGCUCCUUCACGUGGCAGAGUCCAGACGAGCCCUGUGUCUUACGCCAGUGCCAGGAAGGCGUUGUCACUGAGUCGGCGGUGCGCUGUGCUGUCCACUGUAAAAACCCCAUGGAGCAUCUGGGAGCCUGCUGCCCCACGUGUCCAGGCUGUGUGUUUGAAGGUGUGCAGUAUGGUGAAGGAGAGGAAUUUCAGCCAGAAGGGAACAAGUGUAUCCGGUGUUCCUGUGUGGGAGGCAGGACACAGUGCGUGAGAGAAGUCUGCCCCAUUCUCUCUUGUCCCCAGCACCUUAGUCACACCCCCCCAGGACAGUGCUGCCCCAAGUGUUUGGGUCAGAGGAAAGUGUUUGAUCUUCCUUCUGGGAGCUGCCUGUUUCGAAGUGAUGUCUAUGACAAUGGAUCCUCAUUUGUCUAUGAUAACUGUACCACAUGCACAUGCAGGGACUCCACUGUGGUAUGUAAGAAGAAAUGUACCCACUCUGGCAGCUGCGCCAGGGGUGAGGAGGCCUGCUGUGAAGAAUGCUUGCUACGAGUGCCCCCGGAAGAUGUAAAAGUGUGCAAGUUCGGCAACAAGAUUUUCCGGGAUGGAGAGAUGUGGUCCUCAGUGAACUGCACCAUCUGCGCUUGCGUGAAAGGCAGGACGGAGUGCCGCAAGAAGCAGUGUGUCCCUGUCAGCAGCUGCCCACAGGGUAAAAUUCUCAACCGAAAAGGCUGCUGUCCCAUUUGCACUGAAAAGCCUGGCGUCUGCACGGUGUUCGGCGAUCCCCACUACAACACUUUUGACGGACGCACAUUUAACUUUCAGGGGACGUGUCAGUACGUGUUGACAAAAGACUGCUCCUCCCCUGCCUCGCCCUUCCAGGUGCUGGUGAAGAACGACGCUCGCCGGACGCGCUCCUUCUCCUGGACCAAGUCGGUGGAGCUGCUGCUGGGCGAGGGCACAGUCAGCCUCCAGCAGCAUCUCACCGUGCGCUGGAACGGCUCGCGCAUCGCGCUCCCCUGCCACACCCCCCACUUCCACAUCGACCUGGACGGCUACCUCCUCAAAGUGACCACCCGAGCAGGUCUGGAAAUAUCCUGGGAUGGGGACAGUUUUGUGGAGGUCAUGGCUGCCCCACACCUCAAGGGCAAGCUGUGUGGUCUCUGUGGUAACUACAAUGGACAUAAGCGUGAUGACCUGAUUGGUGGAGAUGGAAACUUCAAGUUCGAUGUAGAUGACUUUGCUGAGUCCUGGAGGGUAGAGUCUAAUGAGUUCUGUAACAGACCUCAGAGGAAACCCAUGCCGGAGCUGUGUCAAGGGACUGUGAAGGUAAAGCUCCGAGCCCACCGAGAAUGCCAGAAGCUCAAGUCUUGGGAAUUUCAAACCUGCCACUCAGCAGUGGACUAUGCCACUUUCUACCGGUCCUGCUUGACAGACAUGUGUGAAUGUCCUGUCCAUAAGAACUGUUACUGUGAGUCGUUCCUGGCGUAUGCUCGGGCCUGCCAGAGAGAGGGCAUCCGGGUCCACUGGGAGCCUCAGAAGACCUGUGCAGCCACUCAGUGCAAGCACGGUGCUGUGUAUGACACCUGUGGCCCUGGCUGUGUCAAGACCUGUGACAACUGGAAUGAGAUCGGUCCCUGCAGCAAGCCGUGCAUCGCAGGCUGCCACUGCCCAGCCAACCUGGUUCUUCACAAGGGAAGGUGCAUCAAGCCAGUCCUUUGUCCUCAGCGGUGACCUCUGACCCAGGCCUGGAGA